AUGGGAUACAAAUGGUUUUUCGAAACGGAAAUUCGCGAAAUGCCGAAGAAAGAAAUGAUCGGAAGAUCUGGCAGUCUUGAGAGAUUAUUCAAAGAUGGUCCGACGAAUCUUUAUGCUCCUCAAGAUUACUACUGUCUUUUCGUCUUCUGCCCCCUCGCCGUGGUUGGUUUUGGUGCCACCUUGUGGUCUCUUCAAAAGGGUCUUUCGAACAUGCACGUGAUCAAGUAUUCCCACAUGCGACCCACAUUUCAAAGUGCUUGUUUCAUCGGCCUCAUUGGCUACGGCUUCAACUCUUGGGAGCUUUACCGUGAACUGACUCCGGCAGAGUUCAACCAGCGAGUGUCCAACAGAAGAGAGCUGGAAGCAAAGUGGAGCAAGUGGCACCAAGAAAACAACCAAGAAGAAACCAAAUGGGACAAUCGAGGCCUUGCAAUCGGAUCCGUCAGCGCCGCAGUUGCUGACAAAAUUGAAGCCGAUGAAGCCAAAGCCCGACAAGCUUGA